AUGUUUUGCGCCGUGAGCGGCAGCGUGCCGGAGGACCCGGUGGUCAGCAAAAAGACCGGGCACCUGUUCGAGCGGCGGCUCGUGGUGAAGCACAUUGCCGACACAGGGCGGUGUCCCGUGACGAACGAGGAGCUGUCGGAGGACGACCUGCUGCCGGUGAGGUCCAACAAGGCGCUGAAGCCGCGCACGACGAACGCGACGUCGAUCCCGGGGCUGCUGGCGCUGUUUCAGAGCGAGUGGGACGCGGUGAUGCUGGACGCGCACCAGCUGCGGCAGCAGCUCCACACGGUGCGGCAGGAGCUGUCGCACGCGCUGUACCAGCACGACGCGGCGUGCCGGGUGAUCGCGCGGCUGAUGCGCGAGCGGGACGAGGCGCGGGAGAUGCUGACGUCGGCGCGGGCGGACGACGGGGAGGCGCGGCCGGCGAAGCGCGCCAAGGCGGGCAUCCCACAGUCGGCGCUGGACGACGUGCAGGCCACGUGCGCGCAGCUGUCGUCGGAGCGGAAGAAGCGGGGCAAGGGGCUGCCGGAGGGGCUGCGGGCGGCGGCGGACCUCGCGAAGCUGUCGCUGCAGGACAGCCACCCGGUGCACAAGGCGGCGAAGGGCGGCAUCAACUCGGUGGCGAUCUGUGCAGCGGCGCCAGACGCGGUGAUAACCAGCGGCGCGGACAGCACGGCGCAGGUGUUCGACCGCGCGGCCGGGAAGGUGCACGCGCUCAAGGGGCACACGAAGCGGGUGAACCAGGCGGCGUUCGCGGGGAGCGACGUGGCGGUGAGCUGCUCGGCGGACAAGACGGCAAAGGUGUGGCGGAAGGGCAAGGCGUGGUCGUGCGUGGAGACGUUCACGGGGCACGGCGCGGAGGUGACGGGCGUGGCGGUGCACCCCGGGAACAAGUACUGCGUGACGGCGGCCAAGGACGCCAAGUGGGCCUUCCACGACCUGACAGCGGGCAUCACGCUCACCGAGGUCGCGAACCCGUCGGAGGAGUCGCCGGAGCUGGCGAGCGUGCAGUUCCACCCGGACGGUGCGUUGUUGGGGACGGGGUCGCAGUCGGGCCUGGUGCAGAUCUGGGACGUGAACACGCAGAAGGUAGUGGCGAAGUUCGAGCACGCGGGCCCGGUGCACACGCUGGCGUUCUCGGAGAACGGGUACCAGCUGGCGACGGCAGCGGGCGACGCAGUGAAGAUCUGGGACCUGAGGAAGCUCAAGAGCACGCACUCCCUCGACGUGCCGGGCGUGCGCAGCGUCGCGUUCGACGGGGCCGCGGCGUACCUCGGCGUGGUGACGCCGACGGCCGUGCAGAUCCACGGAGUGAAGCAGGCCUUCGAGAUGCAGCACGAGAUCACCGAGCACGCCGACAAGGGCCCGACCUGCCUUGCGUUCGGGCCCCUCGCCCAGUGGGUGGCGGUUGGGGGUUCAGACCACAAGCUCCGCAUUUUUGGGUGA